CUUUACUCUCACUUUUCCUCAAUGUUAUGAAUAUUACAGUGUUUUGAAUGCAGUCUUCGCUUGUAUUGUGUAAUACAGUGUUAUAACUAUAAUCACAAUCACAUCAUCUCUCUGUCUGUCUUCGGCUAUGAUUACCACAAUUGUUGGCUCAUUAUUGUUGGGAUCCGUUCAGUGAUGAGGAGGGUAUGGCUGAGUGGAGGCCCCGAUGCGAUCCGUGCGGUAUUGUCUGCAUUGUGUCCAUAUAUCUGAUCAUUAUAUACACCGACUAUGCGUUCAUCAAUUGGAUUGUUUUGCCACUCAAUUGCAAUUUGGCGACACUCGGCUUAAGUAUAUCGGUCUUCCAACUCAUACUAAUCCUAUUGGUUUGGUCGCACCUGAAGGCGGCGGUGUCUGAUCCGGGCGUUGUCCCCCACCCGACGCACGGACUCGACAUCAGCGCCAAACAGUUGCUGAACAAGAAGGACGACAACGAAGACCACAAUUGGUCCGUAUGUGUGAGAUGUCAGAUGUAUAGACCCCCGCGAGCCCAUCACUGCCGCAUAUGUCAGCGAUGUGUCCGCAAAAUGGACCACCACUGCCCCUGGAUUAAUAACUGUGUGGGAGAACUAAAUCAGAAAUACUUCAUACUAUUCCUUAUCUAUACAGGGACGGCGUGCGCUUAUGUACUCAUUUCAAUCCUAUUGUCUUUCAUUAAAUCCAAAUUAGAUUCUCACCAAAGAAUGUAA